AUGUAAAAAUCAGAUUAAUUGAUAUCUGGAGAUAGAGAUGGAUCUAUUGUAAUUUGGUCAAGCAAUAACAAUAAUUAUUGGAAUUACUCAUAAAAAAUUAAAGGACGUAGUUAUAGGAUUUAUUGUUUAAUAUUGAAUAAGGAUGAAGUUCUUUUUAUAUCAAGUAGUGGGGAUAAUACUAUUAAGUUUUGGAAUAAACAAAAAGAAUGGAUAUGUUAAUAAUCAAUCACACUGAUCAUACUUCUUAAGUUUAUUAAAUAAGUUUAAAGGAUUAAGAAGAUAAAGUUAUUUCUUGUGGAUAGGAUUUAACAAUAUUAGUAAUUGAAUAUUCUGAAUAUAGUUAAAGGUGGAUGGUAAUAUAAAAUAUCAAAGUUGAUUUUUAUGGAUUUAGAUUAUCCUUUAUAAACAAUAAUUGUAUUCACAUUUAAACCUUAUUAUGGCAAUUUGAUGUAUAUUUAUGAGAUGAAUAGUGUAAGUAAAUAGUUCACUAAAAAAAAAUAUUAUUGUUAAUUAAGGUAGUGAAAGUUGUUCAUUAUUUUAAUUAUAAUUUAUUUAAUAAAAUUAGAUUUAAGUGAGUAAACCCGAUACAUUUGUCAAUUUUUUAAGAAAGAUAGAAAAAGAUGAAUUUAAAUAUGAAGUAAUCUAUUCAAUUUUAUACAAAUAAAUAUUUGGUUAAUUGAGUAAUUAUGGAGAGUAUUUUAUUACUUGGGAUAGUUUAUUUAAAGAUAUAUAAAUUUGGGGAUAUAAAUAAUAAUGA